CGCAACGCUCACCGUCUGACUUUAGUCUUCACAUUCUCUAUUCGACAAGAUUGUUGGAAAAAGUUUUUGCCUUUUUUUUCAAUUUUCUACCCAACAAAACCCGCAACACAACAAAAAUGCCGGCCCGCAAUAAGGAACAAGAAGCUGAGAUUCUAAACUGGAUUGAACAAGUUAUUGGGGAAAAAUUGCCAGCUGGAAAUUAUGAUGACGUCCUAAAGGAUGGAGUUGUUCUCUGCCAACUUGUCAAUAAACUUGCUCCGAAUUCGGUGAAAAAAAUUCAAACCAAAGGAACAAACUUUCAACUUAUGGAAAACGUUCAAAGAUUUCAAGCGGCAAUCAAAAACUACGGAGUACCACAGGAGGAAAUCUUUCAGACAGCCGAUCUCUUCGAAAAGCGAAAUAUCCCUCAAGUUACUCUCUGCCUUUUUGCUUUGGCAAGAAUUACACAGAAACAUCCCGAAUAUAAUGGACCAACUCUCGGACCAAAAAUGUCCGACGAGAACAAAAGGACAUUCACUGAAGAUCAACUUCGUGCCAGCGAAGGUCAAGUGAAUUUACAAAUGGGUUUCAACAAAGGUGCCAGUCAAUCUGGACACGGUGGAUUUGGAAAUACUCGACACAUGUAAAUUGUAUAAAUUUUCUCGCAUCUAUUGUCUUAAAGAAUUAAAAGAAGAAAUCUGUCUAAACUAUUAUGUAAACAUCACUAUACUAUUCAACAGAGAUUUCGAUAUAUUUUCGAAAAAUAACUAAAAAUGGUAAAUAUAUUUUAUAAGAAUUUAUAUAAUAUAUUAUAUGAAAAACUUGAAUUUUGAUUAAUUCCAAGGGAAUUGCAAUCAAAAUGAAGUUAUAAUGUGCAAUAAAAAUUAUAGUCAAUUUUA